AUGACAAAUAAUAUAAAUUUCCAAGAAAACUGGAAAAAAGUUUUUUCAAAUGAUGAAUUACCACCAUUAUCAAUUUCAUCAUCUGAUGGUGGUAAUAAUAGUUUUAUAGAAAAUGAAGAAGAUUACUUUAAUUUUGAUUUUAAAAAAGUAAAUGAAAAUUUAUCAAAAUUAGAUUUAAAUCUUUUUAAUAAUGAUGAUGGUUUAAACCAUCCAAACAACAAUAAUACAAAUCAAGACUGUGAUAAUGCUUGCACUGGUAGUGGUAGUAUUGGUGGUGGUGGAAGUGUAAAUGAGAAUCUUUCUCAAUUAAAUAAUAUUAAUAAUAAUAUUAAUAAUAAUAAUAAUAAUAAUAAUUAUAAUAGUAAUAAUAGUAAUAGUAUAUGUAAUAGUUGUGACACCACUGAUGGCAUUAAUAAUAGUUCUAAUAGUACAAUUACAAAUUCAAAUUCAAAUGAUAUCACUAAUCACCAUCACCAUAGUCAUAGUACUAGUGGUAGUAGUAGAGGUCAUCAUCACCAUCAUCAUCAUCAUCAUAGUCGUAGUCAUAGUGAAAAUAAUAAUUAUAGAUAUAAGAUUGAAAAUUUAAUUGAUAUUAUAUUUAAUAAAUUUUCAUAUAAUAGAGAUUACUAUUACGAUUUAAAUAAAGAAUUUGAAAAAAUUCAUGCAUUAUCAGAUUUAAAAUAUAUUAAUAAUAGAAAGAAGUUAAUUAAUUUUAUAUUAUUAAAUGAUAUUAAUAAUUUAAAAGAAUAUUUAACAAUUGAAAAAUUACAAUCUAUGGGAUUCAAAGAUUACACUCAUCAGAAAAUACCAUUCGAUGAAAUGAAUGAAAUAUUUAAAUAUAUAAAUUCGGAAAAUGAGUUGGUUAGGGUACUGGUUUCAAUUGAAUUUAUAAUUUAUCAUCAAAAUAAUCAUAAUCAUUCAAAUAAAUCUGAAUAUAGUAAAUUCAUUGCAAAAUUAUUUUUUGAUAUUUCACCAAUCGUUUUCUAUUGUUUAACUAAAAUAAAUUCAAAUCAAGAUUAUCAUCAUCAUCAUUCUCAUUUAUGUGAUAAAUUUGAUUUUAAAUCAAUUUUAAAUCAUGAAAAAGUUGAUGAAUUUUUUAAAGAUGAUCCAAAUAGUGUAUUUACAAAAGAAGAAAGAGAAAAAAGAUUAAAAUUAUUUAAAGGAAUUGGUUUUUCAUUAGGCUCAACAAUUGAUAUUUUUUUUUUUUUUUUUAAUUAUUUU